AAAACUAAAAACCUUUCUUUUAGUAUAUAUAUGGCAAAAGCUGGGCUUCGGAUUGCGCCUUCCUGUCCUUUCCUCCCUGCUCACCCAUUGGAAUAUCGCGAGUCUGGAGCAAAAAGGAAGUAACAUCUCACAUGACACAGGGCAGCAAGGGGAAGACAAAAUUUUUGCUUUUGUUUUAUAUUAUUUGUUAAUCUAGACGGCGAAGCGGGGGGAGAGCGAUUUUAUGGAAGCGUGCGGAGAAUAGAUCAAAUUGGGCUGGUGAAGGAAGUAGGCGAGAGUGGAAUGAACUUUUCAAAGCUUGUCUUACUUUUUUUUUUUCUUCGCGGGCUUUGGGUCUAUUCUUUAGUUAGACUGUUUUUGGCUUAGAGAACUGCUCUGCUUUCUUUCUUCUUCUUCUGCAUCCUCAUUUGUGUUGCUUCUUCUGUUCUUCCUUUCCUCUUCUUUACUCGAGAAACCCAACUGAUUUUCUGCAUCGGUUCGGGCGAUUUUCACCAGAAUUUUAGGAUUUUUAUCUUAUUUCGAUUUGGUAUUUUGAUAUUUUGUUGAUUAUCUGUAAAAAUCUCCAUUUUUUCCCUUACAGGUGGAUUUGACUGCUUACCUGGAGGGAUCCUAUGCCUGUAUUUGUAUAUUUUUACUUGCCUAUGGUCUCUACGGUUUAUUUGUUUCUAUUACUUAAUUAACUUCUUCUUUUUUUUCUUCCCUUUCACUCUGCUUCUCUUUUGAUUUUCUUUGAUCCUCCAUUCUACGAGCUCUACUUUUCUCAUCUUUGUUGCAAUUCCCAACUUUUAAGUCCUUAACAUUAGCUUGUUGUUAGAUCCUGGUAAUCGGGUAUGUCGAUCUACAUGUAAUCCCUUCAAAACCGCGCCUUUAUUUUCAGUAGAAUGGGCUGUUUUUUCUACUUCAGGGGGAUAAAUAAAAACAAAUGGAAGUAUGCCCCUGAGGGAACGAGGGCAUCUUCUUCAUCUUCAAAGAAAGAAGCUUCCAGACCUGAUGAUUCAGUUAUCACAGCUCCAACAAGUAAAUCUUUGAGCUCUACUGCAUCGCCACGGAGCCUUCCUUCUUUGUAUGAGGAGAGGGGACAGAAUUUGAGAGUUUUUGAGCUCAAGGAGCUUAGGGCUGCAACUAAUGAUUUCAACAGGUUGUUAAAGAUUGGAGAGGGAGGAUUUGGCGGUGUUUACAAAGGUUUUAUUAAGCCUGCAGAUGGCAUGGGAGAAAGGAUUACAGUGGCUGUUAAGAUGCUCAACCAGCAUGGUUUGCAGGGACAUAAGCAAUGGCUAGCAGAAGUGCAGUUUCUUGGAGUUGUUGAUCACCCAAAUCUUGUAAAACUCAUUGGAUACUGUGCUGUUGAUGGUGAAAGAGGGCCGCAAAGGCUGCUGGUCUAUGAAUUUAUGCCCAAUAAGAGCUUAGAUUAUCAUUUAUUCAGUAGAUCCCUACCUCCCGUUCCCUGGAAGGUUAGGCUGCAAAUAGCUUUGAGUGCGGCAGAAGGGCUGUUAUAUCUGCAUGAAGGAUUGGAAGUUCAGGUGAUAUAUCGUGAUUUCAAGGCAUCCAAUAUACUAUUAGACGAGGAGUUCAAACCCAAAUUGUCAGACUUUGGUUUGGCAAGGGAAGGACCUUCAGGAGAAGACACUCAUGUAUCUACUGCGGUGAUGGGUACACAUGGAUAUGCAGCUCCUGAUUAUAUAGAGACUGGCCAUCUCACAGCCAAAAGCGAUGUUUGGAGCUUUGGUGUUGUCCUCUAUGAACUUAUCACUGGAAGACGAUCGAUGGAACGAAACCGCCCAAAAAAUGAGCAGAAGUUGCUUAACUGGGUGAAGCAAUUUCCACCUGAGAGCAAGAAGUUUAGCACUAUAAUGGAUCCCAGACUAAGUAAUAAGUACUCCAUGAGUGGAGCAAGGACGGUCGCAAAGCUAGCAGAUAGCUGCCUCUCUAAACUUGCGAGAAAUCGACCGAAGAUGAGCGAGGUGGUGGAGAUUCUGAAACAUGCAAUGCAGUUCAAAGAGGAAGACGUACGGGAAGAACCUUUUGAAGGGGAAGCGACCGCCGAUUUGGAGAGUGAGAAAACGGAGUAUCAGAGGACGGAUUUGUUGUCGGCGAGGAGAAGAAUGCUUCACUUGGCAAAACUGGCACAGAGCACGAAUGCGGUGGGAAGGAGAAAGUAUGGGUCAACGGCAGCUAGUAAUCCAUCAUAGUCGUGUGUUAGCUGAACUUGAAUUCGGAAAGCUGUUUUUUUUUACAGAAACAAAGAAGUUUCCAUCCAGAUGUAAAUGUAUGAUAGGGAGCUCAUGGUCUCAUCUCAAUGUAUGAUCAAAAUGGAUGCAAACUAAGUGCAGGAGGAGCUUCAAGCUUGUAACUUUUCUGUUUCUGUUAGGUUUUUUAAAAUUUCUUUGCAACGGUACAGUUUUGUUUCAGAGGUCUAGAAAUCUUCAUUCAUAUGUUGACUCAGAAAGAGGAUCCAUGGAAUGUGAAAAGUGUAAUAACCCGAUAAAGCAUAGUCGAACUGUUUCAGCUCAA